AUGGAAGUAGUGUCAGCCGCCAUACCAGAGGCGCGUUCACGAGCGCAGAGGCCCUGGCGGCACACCAGCUGCCGACCUGGGCCCAAGGCUGCAGCACGGCAGGAACGAGGCAAUGGAGGAACUAUCAACGCACAGCCAGGAACCAGGGCGCCGCAGAUGCUGCUCCAGGAGCCUCCGAAAUGGUUCGCGGACCUGUUCCUGACCUUGCAACCGCUAGGCAACGGCAAGGCUCAGAGGAGAGAACCUAGCCAGAACAGGAUGGAGAUGAUGAAGUACUGGCAGGUCUGUGAGAAGGUCAAAAACCUUUCGGAGGAGCUGAUGCAGGCGGUAGCCAUCCACUCCACCAACUACGUCAACGUCAAGGGCAAUGUGGCCUUUGACAUUAUCGGUCACAUGUUCUUCAUCGAGACUGGUAUGGAGAUGCACAACACCUUGGAAGGCAACCUGGGCGUUGGAGCCAUUCCUCUUCUGUCCGGAAUGUUGGAGAGUGAUCAGGAGCCCGCCGGCUUCUGGACGGCAGCGCCCAACAACGUAUGGAGAGACAAUGUGGCUGUCACGGGAUCUGAUGGUUGGUACUUCCAGCUGCCUGGCACGCCCAUCUCGCACAACAUUGAUAUCUACAAGGGCCUGACUUGGUGUUGGCAGCUGGGCAUUCCCGAGCUUCAGACGUUCAGAUUCGUCUCGGAAGAAGGUUCACAGCAAAUUGAGGAUGAUGAGGCUGGCGCGAAAAAGCAUCAGCCAAGAACAGAUGGCUUCACAGCCUUGCACCUUGCAGCUUGCAAAGGCCGUCUAGAUAUUGUCCAGCUACUGAUCGAGCCCAGUGCCGAUAGCAUUUGUCCAGUGGGCACGCGUAUCGGCGAGUGGCGACGCAACCGUUGUCAUCACUUGCCAGGCAGCUGCAUUCGUAUCUACCUCACUUGGAUCCCGCGAAAGGAGCCGUGCAACGCGGACAGCGCGGAAGACCCACAGAUCUUGUUCAACACCACCUGCAGGGCGGAGAGUUUUCCGAGAACCCGCGAAAGAGCUGCAGCGAUCAGGGACGAGAUUGUGAGCUGGCGACGGCAUUUGCAUGCGCAUCCUGAGCUCAUGUAUCAGGAACACAUGACGUCGCAGUUCAUUCAAGAUGUGCUGAAAAGCUUGGGCAUUCCAUUCACCGCAGGCUGGGCAAAGAACACCCGGCAGAACGCCACCGGCCGCGCGCGCCCGGUGUUGGGCCCCGGCGGCACCGGGGUCGUGGCCGAGAUCGGCCGUGGCGCGCCGCUGGUGGCGCUGAGGGCGGAUAUGGAUGCGCUGCCCAUCCUGGAGGAGACACCUGUACCUUAUCGAUCUGAACACCCUGGACAGAUGCACGCAUGUGGCCAUGAUGGUCACUCAUCCAUGCUGCUGGGUGCCGCCAAGCUGCUCAAAGACAUGGACCUACCUGGAACGGUGCGCUUAAUCUUCCAACCUGCUGAGGAAGGAGGUGCAGGCGCCAAGCGGAUGUUGGAGGAAGGCGUGUUGAAUGGCGUCUCCCGGAUUUUUGGGCUCCAUUUGUUUCCUUCGCUCCCCAGUGGCGUCAUCGCUGGCCGUUCGGGCACCACCAUGGCGGCCGCCGACUUCUUCGACUUCCGCGUGCGCGGCGUGGGCGCGCACGGCGCCAUGCCGCACCUUGGGGUGGACCCGGUGACGGCCACGGCGGCGGUAGUUCAGUCCCUACAGAGCAUUGUGAGUCGCGAAACGGACCCAUUGAGCUCUUCCGUCAUCAGUGUGACGAAGGUCUCCUGUGGAGAUGCUUACAACGUGAUACCCAGCGGCUGUACAGUGGGUGGUACCUUUCGAUCCUUAACUUCUGCCGGUUUGGAUGCUCUACGUGAGCGCUUGAUGGAAGUUGCACGUCAGGUUGCUUUAGCUCAUCGAUGCUCUGUGGAGAAUGCCACCUUUAUGGCAGACAGCUUUCCUCCACUGGAGAACGAUCAGCAGCUGUGGAAAUGGCUUGAUGAGUCGACAGGUUUGAAAGAAGGCUUCCCUUCGAUGCUUUGGGAUUUGCCUCCCACCAUGGGUGGUGAGGACUUUGCUUUCUUCACGCAGCAGAUCCCUGGAGCUUUCAUUUUCCUAGGACAGGGCUCCAAAUUGGACCGCACCAUGACCAUCGCAGCCUCCGAUGAGACGGGUGCAUACAGCGAGACGGUCUAUGUCCCAACGAAUGUCAGCCUACACAGUCCCAUGUUCCACAUGGACGAAGACGUUUUAGAGCUGGGCUCUGCGUUGCACGCGCACAUGGCGGUGGCAUCACUCCAUGCCAUCGCACUUUUGAGCGACCUGACGUGCUGGGGCAUUGGAAAGGCUUGCUACAACGCCAUGAAGAUGGGCUCGGUCCACAACCACCACAUGACUGCAGUGGAGGGUGGAAAGCAAGACUACGAGUCCAUCAAGUUCAUUCGCUCAGCACCCGCUUCGCAUGGCAACAAGUUUGAAACCGACUUCGUGAACAUUCCUCACAUCAAGGACAGCGUGUUCGUGCGUAUUCUGCCGCAGAACUUGGGUGAGGUGAUCUUGGGAGCAACAGCUUCGUUGUUCACGGAGAAAGCCAAGAUGAUGGAGGUGAUCCGGCAGCAUGAAGAGCAUGCUGAUGCUUGUGUGAAGAUCAGCGAGGACUCCAUCGCGCCCCGCAUCGCCCCGCCUUGCCUUGCCAGGUCCGUUCAGUUGCCCCAGAACGAACAGUUCUAUGUGACGGAUUCCAUGUGGAUCAACACUGGGGAGGCGGUGGCGGAAAAACCCAAGAAAUACUCCGGUCUUCAAGGGCUGCGCCAAGUGCUGGUCAGGGCAUUUUCUGCUCAUUUUGGCAGGGCCGAAGAGCUAGGGCACUUUCCGGGCGCGGGCCUCUCUUCGCCGUCGGUUCCAAGCUCUUUGACCGACUCGGCCGUGUCCUGCACCGAGCGGACCUUCGUCAAAUGGCACCAGGGAGCUCAUACCUAUCGCCUCAGCGGGCUCAGCUUCACCAAUGUCACAAGGAAACUCGAUGUUCACAAGAAGGACAUCUUCUGGGAUCUGGAUGGUUCCCUGACGGGGACACCAGAUUCUUACACCUCCUGGGCAGAUGCGUUCAACCUGGGCCAUCCUGACUGCGUUUACACACAGGUGCUCUUCAACACCUCAGAGGAUGGAACCGAAAUGGAAACCACCUGGUACAGUGACACAGGUAUGUACACCGACUCUCCUGGCAUGUUCAAGACAAGCGCUAACAAGUACCAACAUGAAGUUCGCAACCACACCUUCAUGACCUGUACGACUCCCAUCCGAAAACUGGGCAUCGCCUGGCCUGAACCACAGGAGGUGCAUUUGCGUCAACUGAUUGUGACAAACUUGGACACUGGGCUCUGGCAAGCGCACGAGUUUGAAAAGCUGGAGCUCUUCGGCUGGGGCUUUCCGGUGGUGGCCAAUCAACGUUUGGAGGUGCGACCCAACUUCUUGGGUAUGGACCUCACUGAGGGCGGCAUUCAGUACGGUUUCAAUGAUCUUUUGGCUUCCAAAGAGGGUGAUGCGCUCAAGAACAAGAAGACGCCCACACCAGAAUGGCUACAGCUGCAGUUGAAGUUCUGGAUGAACUACAACCAUGUGAAGUUGACGAACCCCUACAGUUGGUGGGCUGGGACCCGCUAUGGUGAGUCUGCGGAGCUGCGCGCCGUUCAGCUGGAAGAGAAGAAGCCAUAUCUGACGGAUCCAACCCCAUUGGAUACUCCGGAGAGCUUGCCAUCCAUGACGCACGGGAUGAAGGAUGCUCGCACCUGGGCGAUGAGCUUCCGAUAUCCCAAGCCGGCUGAUGCCCCCGCCUGGGAGAGCGUGCCCUAUGGAGCACACUUCGAGGCACGAAAGUGUCCUGAUGAGGGAUGCAUCUUGAAUUUGCCGGAUCGCAAUCAGAACUGGACCCACUACAUCUUGUGGAGUGAGAAGUUCGGCGACGUGACGGGCCAAGCAGUCGAGAUCGAUGCACCUGACUGGAUCAUGUUCGACAUGGACCUGGUGGUACUGAAGAAUCUCACCAUCAAGGGAAAACUGUCCUUUGAUGACAGUCAAAACCGAAUCCUGCGAACAGGCAACAUCCUGGUCUGGGGCGUUUUGGAGAUUGGUACCGCCAGCAGCCCCUUCGGUCAGAGCACCGGCAACACAGCGCGUGUUGAGCUCACGGGCAAUGUCCUCGACCUCGCGGAUUACAUGUACAUCCAGGAGCAAUCGCUCUGGGGCAAGGUGGUCACUGUCAUCGGACAGGUCAACACCUACGGAGCUCCGAUUCCA